GCCCAAUUCCGCGGCCUUUCAUCUCCAUUUCAGAAGUCAAUAGCCAUAAGGAGCUUCUUCUCUCCCAAACCCUAGCAGAAACCUUUUGGCCUCUCUUCUGCAACGCCGUGCAGUCCUCUCUCGCCGGUCUCUCUCUCUUCUCUCAUCAACAAGCCAGAAACAAUGUCGUUCGGCGAGGUAGCCUGCAGUUACGCCGUGAUGAUUCUCCACGACGAUGGCAUCCCCAUCACGGCGGAGAAAAUUAGCGCAUUGGUUAAGGCCGCGAAUGUGAACGUUGAGUCUUACUGGCCAAGCCUGUUCGCCAAGUUGGCCGAGAAGCGAAAUGUUGACGAUCUCAUCAUGAAUGUUGGCGCUGGUGGUGGCGGUGCUGUUGCCGUUGCUGGUCCUGCUGGUGGAGCUGCUGCACCUGCUGCCGCCGCCGCCCCUGCGGCUGAGGAGAAGAAGGAGGAGGCCAAAGAAGAGAGUGACGACGACAUGGGUUUCUCCCUCUUUGAUUAGAAAAGAAGAAAGCGAUCAUCCACCUGCUGCUGCCAUAUUCGUGUUCUGUUAUAUCCCCAAGUUUUGAUUAAGUGUAGUUAUUUAAUGCCCAUUCGGAUUGCAACAAAGUUUUAUGUUCCGGAAUUGGGAGCUUUUUCAACAUUUUACUACAAUACACUACUGGUUUCGGUGAUUUGGUGAUAAUACUAAAUGCCUGAGACUUUCUGUUUCUGUUUGUGCCUCUUAUAUCAUGUGUAGGAUUUUGGUUUCUGCACCUGGUUUUUUUCGAUCUCCUGUGCGUGGUUGUUAGUCUAGACCUUUUAGCUGAAGGAGACACCCUUUUUCGUGUUUGAUCAAAUAGAAUCGAGCAACCAUUGGUUUGUUGCGUGUGUGAUAUCGUUGGUGUUCUUAUGUUGUUAUUGACAGUAGCUGAUUCCUAAUUGUGAGUUUGCUGUGGUGCUGCCCACAGCAGAGCUACUGUUCGGUUCGAGCAUGGCUGCUCCUGCUGGAAAUCCUAGAUGUGCUGAUAUGUCUGUGCUUGACAUAUGGGGUCGUUCUCUGAACAAACUGUAGUC